AUGGCUGAUCCUGGGAGCAGAGGAAGGAUGCGUCGCCCACAGAGCCUCACCUGUUCCCUGCUCAUUGUAGGAAUGUGCUGUGUGUCUCCUUUCUUCUGUCACAGCCAGACAGACCUGCUGGCUCUCAACCAAGCUGAUCCUCAGUGCUGGGAAUCCUCCUCAGUUCUCCUCCUGGAAAUGUGGAAGCCUCGCAUUUCCAAUACUGUUUCAGGCUUCUGGGAUUUUAUGAUCUACCUGAAGUCAUCUGAUAACGUGAAGCAUGGGGCAUUGUUUUGGGAUCUGGCCCAACUCUUCUGGGACAUCUAUGUGGACUGUGUCCUCUCCAGAAACCAUGGCUUAGGAAGGAGGCAGCUGGCUAGACAGGAAGAGAAAAUCCCAGCAGCACAUUCACAGCACACGGGGAGUCAACAAGGUGUAUAUUUUCAACCCUUAAGAACCCCUUUUCUAAAGAAGAAAGAGAUGAUUGAAGAUUUGAUAAGCAUAUAUGUGCACAAGAGUGGGUCUAGGUUCAUUGGAAAAGUGACCAGUGGCUUGAAAAUAAAGAGAAAAUGA